AUGAUGUUAGUGAGUUCAUAAAUGGGACGCCCAUUGUUCGUCCGAUGAACCCUAUGCCUGUCGACACGAAUUUAACAAUGGGUCCUUCCCCUGUUAGGGGCCCUAGUGUGGAUUUGCGUCCUCGUGCCCUCUCACAGAGCAGUUUGCUUGGGUGGUUUCCUGUGGCUCCACCAAGUAAACGCUCAAGGAUGACGACUGACUACUCGAUUGCAAACCCGAUGGGGGUAGCUGUUUCUGAGCUGGAGGGGAAGAGAAGAGAUGAUCGUUUCUAUGCGAAGGCCAUGGAUUCAUCGGUUAAUGAUUUGUCUAGGGUCUGGUUCAAGCAUCGGCGCCCAUAUCACAUUGAGAUGACUGGUGAGCAGGUGGUGGAAGAGUUUCGCAUCGAAAAUGAUCUUGCAAGUAAAGGUCUUGACUCAAUUCUUCGUUUGGGGAUCUGCCCGCCCGCGUCAGGGAGGCUGAUCAUUGGUCCUGAUUGGGAGUGUGAUUGA